AUGCUCUUGCGACUUCGGAAAUUCAUUUCAAGUCCAACGUUAACGGCAUACAUCAACGAAGGACGAACGAAAGCAGGAUAUGACGAGACUCCUCCGGCCUUAGUACCUUGGUUACCACACAGCUUCAUCCAACCUGAUCAAGAUAUGAAGUAUAUCACCGCUGUGAUUGCAGCAUCGGCUGCAGUCGUCAACGCUCAGGCCGUCUUUAACUCGACCACCGGCGUAUAUACUUGUCCCGCAAAUACCCCAAAAGGCCACCAGGCCGCGUUCUGCGUCGACGAGUAUGUCAUAGUCCGGUGCAAUGAUGAUUGCACUGGUAUGGCCAGUAACUGCAAAGAUGAGGGCGCUGUCUGCUCUGAGACAAACCCAAGCUCUGGCGACGCUGUCUGCUCCAAGAAGCAUCCAAGUCCAAGCCCUUCCACCAAGACGGCACCACCCUCGACCUCUACCACGCCGUGCCCGAGCUCGACCUCUACCACGCCGUGCCCGAGCUCGACCUCUACUACUCCGCCCCCAAGCUCGACCUCUACCACGCCGUGCCCGAGCUCGAGCUCCAAAUCUGUCCCAAUUACAACGACCACCGCCGCGAAUACCACCACGCAUUCAACCGCCACCCACAAUCCAACCAUUUCCACAGCAACGCACAGCAACAAAACCACUAUUCUCCCAACCAUUUCCACGGCAACGCACAGCAACAAAACCACUACUCUCCCAACCCAGAGCGGAAAUAGUACAAUGACGAGAACCCUCACGAGUACUAACAGCAAGAGCAAUACAUUGACAAGAACUCGCACAAGAUCCGAAACACCAACCGGACCGCCCGCCAAAACGGAGCCCGGUAGUACGGCGGGCACGACUACGAAAGGUGAGCCAACCACCACUCCUGGUGGCACUGGAGGACCUGGAGUACCUGGAGAAAGCGGAGCUCCUGGUAGCACUGGAGGACCUGGAGGACCUGGAGUACCUGGAGGAAGCGGAGCUCCUGGACCUGGAGUACCUGGAGGAAGCGGAGCUCCUGGUGGCAAUGGAGGACCUGGAGUAUCUGGAGGAAGCGGGGCUCCUGGUGGCAAUGGAGAACCUGGAGUACCUGGAGGAAGCGGAGCUCCUGGUAGCACUGAAGGCUCAGCGACAGCAACCCCAGGAGGGCCCACUCCUACUCGCACACCCCCGGUCACUGGCGAAGCAAUCGCCAAUUCAGCUGGAGCGGCACUUGCUGGUCUCGGAUUGAUCGUUGCUUAUCUCCUCUAA